AUGGCCGACAACGCUUCUCUCGCCGACCUGGCCCGAGAGCGGCUUGCACGGCGCGGACCGCCGCCGCCGCCUGCCGCACGCUCCGUGGCGCUCCCUGCGGUGCCCGGCUGGAAGCUGCUCGCAGCGGUCCUUGCAGGCUGGGCUGCACUCGCCUGGACGCAGCGGUCAGCUUGCGGCUGCGGCGCCGAGCACAGCCCAGAACAGGCGCUUGCGGACGCGCUGAGCGGCCUUGGCCAGCUGCUGAGCGGCGCGAAAAGUGCCCGGUCCGUGCAGCAGUCCUUUGGCCAGAGCAUGGAGCGGCUGCAGCAGAGCUGCGGCUCGCGGCUCAGCUCGGCUGUCUGCCACACCUCCUGCUGGAUGGCGGGCAAGGAGCUGCAGCGGUCGAUCUGGUGGUCGUGCUUCAGGCGCGGAGGCCACGGCCUGCCUGAGCAGCCGGGUGGCGGUGGGGCAGAGGGCCGCGGAACGGGCGGGCCUACCUCAUGGCCGGGGCUGGUAGGGGAGAAGGUCGGGCAGGCCGUGCGCCGCAUCUCGAGCGAGCGGCCGGACGUGUCCGUGCGCGUCAUGCGGGAGGGCGACAUGGCGACGAUGGACUUUGAUGAGGCACGCGUGCGGGUCUACGCAGACGAGUCGGAUACCGUGACGCGCGCGAGUCACGCCGCCCAUGGGCAUGAGCUCACGGGCACCAGCGACGGCCUCGGCAGCAGCACCCCCGGGCGCGACCCCCUCACGCCGCGAAGCCGCCGCCGGCUGCUGCGCCCGCCCGACGGGAGCCUUCGGUUCACGCCCGCGGCUGUCGGGGCGCUCCGAGAAUGCGCGGAGGGCAUGCUGCCGCCGUCGCUCGGGCUAGAAGUCCUGCGGGAUGCACGCACCUACUCGCGGCACUACUCGGGGGCCGAGGUCGACGUCGGGACCCCAGUGCGCCUCCCAGACUUCAGCAACAGCAGCUGGGCCCUUGGCGUCGCCGCCGACGACACCGUUGCCGCCGAUGCUGUCGACACCGGUGCUGCCGCUGCGGCCGUCGACGCCGCCACCGACGGUCGCCCGACCGACCCGCCGACGUCCCCCAACGUCGUCACCAACAAAGCGCCGGCUCUCAAGCCGGUCACCAAAAAAGCGCCGGCUCUCAAGCCGGUCACCGGCGCAGCGGAGGAGCCCGCCCCGGCGGGCGACGCCGACUGGGCCGCCUCGGCGGCCAAGGAGUUUCCAGCGGAGGAGCCCGUCCCGGCGGGCAUCGCCGACUGGACCACCCCGUCGAACCCGCGCCGCAAGAAGCGCCGCAAGAAGGGGCGCAAGGGCGCGUCCGCCCCGAUCGUCCGCACCAAGAGCAUCACCCCGGUCGGCGGCAGCAACGGGUUCGGAUGCCUGCUCGGAACGGACGGCAACGAGGGCAUCCUCGGUGGCAACGGCAAGCUCCGUCUCUGUCUCCGGCCGGUUCUCGUGGCCCAAGCUCUGCUCGUCCUACAACUUGCUCUCCGCCUCUUUGGCAUCCUCGCGCUGAUCUGCCUCGGAGCCGCGUUUGCGCACUCCUCGUACUCUGCCACCGCCGCGCUUCUCUCCUCGCAGCGGUACGACUCCCCGUGGCCGACAUCGCCUCUCGCGACCGUCGCAAAGCCGUUCACGCCGGCAUCGCCCAACGGCUUCUGCGAGGUUGGCGGCAUCGACACCAGCUCGUUUGUAGCCAUCGUAUCGUCGGUGCGGAAGCUGGUCGAGACUGGCCUCGGCGCGCCCGUCGCUAGCAUGCACGCCGGCGGCGAGUGGCGGGCGAACGACGGAUUGACGGACGCUUCUCGAGUCCCAACCAAGGACCUCCUCCUCCAGCGUGGCCGGGCCGUCAACCCUCUUCUCGCGGCCACGCUGGGGGAGCCAGCGUGGCCUGAAGAGGUCCGUGCCGCUCAGGUCGCCGACUCGAACGCGGUCGAGUCCGAUCUCUUCUCGGUCUCAAGUGUGUGCGCCGACUGGCAGCCACGCGGCGCUGCCCGUGCGUGGCACGCGAAGCCUCGCCACGCGCUCACCGACGAGCUCUACAAGACCGACAAGCCGCCCGCGGACCCACCGGCCGACGAGCUCUCCAUUGACCUACCCUCCCUGUUCCACUUUCCCUUCAUGAGCGGACGCUCCUCUUCCGCGCCUGGCCGCGCCCAGCAGUACGGUCAGCUUUGGGCCGCCAGAUUUUUGCUGCUCGGAGCGUGCGGCGGCGUGCUGCUCUCGGUGCGGAGGAGCAACUCGGGGCGCCUCGUGCGGUGCCGGACGGGGUCGAGGCGCGGCGCGUGGCUGCUGAUUCUCGCCGCGCUGCUCCCGCUGGCAUGUGCACCGUCAGUCUACACGUCUGGCUCGGGCGAGUCUGGCUCUGGGGAGAUUGGCUCUGGCGAGGUGAGGCUGCUGCCAUCGGGGAGCCGCGAGACGCGGCCGCUGCCGCUCGUGUGGCAGAACUCGAUCAACAUGCUCGACAAGCUCAAACGCGAGCUGGUGCCGGCCGCCGGUGACAAGCUCGUGCUCAAGCUCUCUCCUCCUCCGCCGCUUGCUGACAAGCAGGCUUGUGCUUUCGCGCACGCGUGCGGCGUCAAGGUCGACGUCAAGGCCGCGCCCAAGCCCGCAGUGGACACGGCCAAGCCCGACGGCGAUGUGGACGAGAUCUACUUGUCGUCGCCGCCGUCGCACCUCGGAGCCGAGGCGUGCGGCAUCAAGUCCGCCGCCGCCGAGGAGCUCGCCGCCAAGUCCGCCGCCGCCGAGGAGGACGCCGAGUCGGCCACCGAGGAGGCGACCGCCGAGGAGGCGGCCACCAAGAAGGCGACCACCGAGGAGGCCGCCGCCAAGUCCGCCACCGAGGAGGAGUCCGAGGAGGCAGCCACCGAGGAGUCCGCCGCCGAGGAGUCCGCCACUGAGGAGGCCGUCGCCGAGGAGUCCGCCACCAAGUCCGCCGCCGCCGAGGAGUCCGACAACAAGUCUGCUGCCGCCGAGGAGUCCGCCACCAAGUCCGCCGCCGCCGAGGAGUCCGCCACCAAGUCCGCCGCCGAGGAGUCCGCCACCAAGUCCGCCGUCGCCGAGGAGUCCUCCGCCACCAAGUCCGCCGCCGCCGAGGAGUCCUCCGCCACCAAGUCCGCCGCCGCCGAGGAGUCCGCCACCAAGUCCGCCGUCGCCGAGCCUGCCGUGGAUUGCAUGGCGCUUGUCCGCUCGGCGCAGCACGAGGCCAAGAACGAGAAGAACAAGGCGCCGACCAAGGCGGAGAAGAAGGACUGCGCCGCCGGCGUCGCCAACGAGGCUCGCCCCCAUCCGCCCUGCCUGCCUUCCUCGCUGCCAUCGGCCAGCCUAUGCCGUGCGCGGCUGCAUCGCACCUCACUCUCCAGCCGCCCCGUACGAGUGAACUCGAUCAACAUCAUGGCAGAGAACAAGACGGCAGGGAAGGUCGGCAUCAUGCCGGCCGACGCCUUCUCCGCGCCGCCCCUCGGAGCCAAGGCGGCGUGCGAUAAGAAUGACGUCGUGAAGGGCGUCCCCGAGGCCAAGUCUGGCGCGGAGGCCUCCCUCGACGAGAGCACCCUCAAGAAGGACCCGGCCGCGGAAAAGGACCCCGCCGCGGACAAGGUCGACUCGGGCAAGGCCAAGGCCAUGUCCUCCGCCCACGAGCCGAGCCCGAACGCCGUUUUCUGGUCCAAGCUUGACCCGCCGACGUCCCCCAACGGCACCAAAGAAGCGCCGGCUCUCAAGCCGGUCACCGAAGACGCGCCGGCUUUCAAGCCGGUCACCGCCGGCGGCGCGCCGCUGCCGUCGAUCAAGGAGUUUCCAGCGGAGGAGCCCCCCUCUUCAGGCAUCGCCGACUGGACCACCCCGUCGAACCCGCGCCGCAAGAACGGGCGCAAGGGCGCGUCCGCCCCGAUCGUCCGCACCAAGAGCAUCACCCCGGUCGGCGGCAAGAACAGGUUCGGGGCCCUGCUCGGAACGGACGGCAACGAGGGCAUCCUCGGUGGCACCGGCAAGGUGACCGGCGGCUCCACGCCGCCGACCGCAGACUCGGGCGCGACGGUCGACGUCGAGACGACCACGAAUACCACGCCCGAGGGCUCUGCCGCCGGCCGGUUCCCGUGGUCAAAGUCCUACAACUUGCUCCGCCUCUUUGGCAUGCUCGCGCUGCUCUGCCUCGGAGCCGCGUUUGCGCACUCCUCGUGCUCUGCCACCUCCGCGCUUCUCUCCUCGCAGCGGUACGACUCCCCGUGGCCGACAUCGCCUCUCGCGACCGUCGCGAAGCCGUUCACGCCGGCAUCGCCCAACGGCUUCUGCGAGGUUGGCGGCAACGACGCCAGCUCGUUUGCAGCCAUCGUGUCGUCGGACAGCGCGCCCGCCAACCACCCGGUGCGCGCUCGCUCGCGCGUGCUAGUAUCCCCACCGCGCAAGCUCGUGACUAACAGCCCGCGCGCUGAUCAGGGCGAACGCGAGGACGGGCGCUGGGAAGCACUACUGAUGGACGAGAUCGACGAGGCGGUGGGCGAGCCGUUGCACCUAAUUGGCGAGCCGCUGGCGUCCGUCAAGGAAAUUUACGAGAAGCAGCCGGUUGAGGCCGAUUUGGAGACCGUCCCGGCCUCGCGCAACAGCAUGGAGCGCAAGGGCGAGCCCGAGAUCGACUCUAUCGGUCCCGUCUACAGCAGCAGAUCGGGGAUCAUCGUUCGCGAAACCGUCCUGCCCGUGAACGGCACGUCGCCCGAGAUGCGGUCCGCCGACGCUGGGAACACGCCCGAGAAGCUGGUUGAGACUGGCCUCGGCGCGCCCGUCUCUAGCAUGCACGCCGGCGGCGAGUGGCGGGUGAACAGAUUGGCGACCGCUUCUCCAGCCACAACCAAGGAUCUCUUCCUCCAGCUUGGCCGGGCCAUCGGCCCUCUUCUCGCGGAGCCGGCAUGGCCUGCAGAGGUCCGUGCCGCUCAGAUCUCCGAUUCGAACUCGGUCCAGUCCGAUAUCUCCUCCGUCUCACGUGUGUGCGCCGACCGGCAGCCACGCUGCGCCGCCCCCGUUGCGUGGCAUGCGGAGCCUCACCACGCGCUCACCGACGAGCGCUCCAAGACCGACAAGCCGCCCGCGAACCCGCCGGUCGACAAGCUCUCCAUCGACCUGCCGUUCCACUUUCCCUUCAUGAGCGGACCCUCCUCUUCCGCGCCUGUCCGCACCCAGCAGCGCUGUCAGUUUUGGGCCGCCUUGUUGUUGCUGCUCGGAGCGUGCGGCGGCGUGCUGCUCUCGGUGCGGAGGAGCAGCUCGGGGCGCCUCGUGCGGUGCCGGACGGGGGCGAGGCGUGGCGCGUGGCUGCUGAUUCUCGCCGCGCUGCUCCCGCUGGCAUGUGCACCAUCAGUCCACACGUCUGGCUCGGGCGACUUCCAGGUCACUGUGGGUGGCGGCAGCUACCCGUCCGAGGUGUCGUGGACCCUGACGUGCAGCGGCGCGUUGAUCGGCAGUGGAGGGGCCCCCUACUCCGGCACCCUGUCCGCGCCGCCCGGCGAGUGCACGCUCGACAUGUACGACUCGUGGGGCGACGGCUGGAACGGCGACGAGUGGGAGGGUGCGGGCUAUACGUUCACGCUCGGCUCCGGAUCCUACGGCAGCGAGACGUUCAUCCUCGCCCCUUUCCCUCCGUCCUCUCCGUCGCCGCCGUCGCUGCCGCCUCUGCCGCCGCUCUCCCCGUCGCCGCCUCUUGCCCCUCCGCCGCCGCCGUCCUUGCCGCCUCCGCCCUCUACGCCGCCGGACGGCGGCGUCGUCUACGCGUCUAGCAGCGGUGCGGUCUCGAUCAUCGACUCGGCCGUGACGGGCUGCUCUGCUGACAGGUUCGGCGGUGUCGUCUACGCGUGGAACAGCGAGUCCCUCUCCAUCGCGGGUGUCGCCUUCAUCGACAACAGAGCGGGAAUGUCCGGCUCGGUGCUGUACCUGGACGAACUCCGCCUCUCGAUCAGCGCCGCCUCCUUCACCGGCAACACCGCUGGCGACGACAACGACGGUGCCACGAUACAGACCGACAAGCCGAUAGACUGGGACUGCCGCUUGGGCAGCUGGAUGCCGCGCAAGGGCUCCUUUUUUGGCGACUUCAGCGUCGGCUUCCAGCCCAAGUUCAAGAUCCUGGUCAGCUUCUACCAGAUCGCCGCGACGCUCGGCCCCGUCUACGGCGUCCGCCUCCACGAGGACUUCACGCGCUGGACCGACUUCAUGGACGCGAUCAGCCUCGACCUAAUCGGCCUCACCUAUCCUGAUGCCUGCAUCGGCUCGAUGGGAGACCGGCUCCUGCUCGCAGGCUUGUGGCCGAUCCUAUCUAUCAUGCUCGGAGGCGCCUCCCUCGCCUGCUGCGCCCUCGCGGAGUGGCUUCUGUCUGGUCGCGCCGACGCCCUCCGGCGCGACCUUGUGCGCGCUACGCUGCGUCGCCUCCUCUACUGGGCCAUCCUCGUUGCCUACCUCGUGCUGCCCUCGGUCUCCCGCUCCAUCUUCAAGGCGCGGCAGUGCGAGUCGUUUAAUAUCGACGACUUGACCGGGGACAGGCGCUCCUACCUCGUGGCCGACCUCGACGUGCUCUGCAGCGCCGACGACGACGAGUACAGCGGCCUCGACGCGUACUUCUGGGCCUUCUUUGUCCUCUGGCCGGUGCUCGUGCCGCUAGCCUUCCUGGCGCUCCUGCUUUCGAUCCGCUCCGAGGUGCUGGCGCAGCGAGUUAGGGCCACGGCCCGAGCCAGCCGCUUCCUCUGGCGCGACUACGACCCGCGCUUCCUCUUCUGGGAGGUCGUCGAUCUGGGCCGCAAACUCUUCCUCGCUUCACUGGUGCUCUUCAUUCAGACAGACGACGGCUCGAGCAAGCUGCUCCGCCUCCUUGUCGCCUCUGUUGUCUCGGCCCUCUACCUCGCCGCCCUCGCCCUCGCCCGGCCCUUCAAGCGCGACGACGACCUCUACCUCGCGUGCACCGCCAAUCUGUUUCUCGCAUGCUGCUUCAUCUCCGGCAUGGUGAUUCAGCUGUGCGAGAGCGCCGCCUACGAGGACAUGUGCAAGGCCCUCGUCGGCUUCGAGAGUGCGCGCGGCGCGAGUGAGUUUGUGAUCGCGCUCACCGCCGCAAUGCUGGCCGUGUCGCUGCUCGUCGUCGUCUUCAAGACUGUCAGCGCCAUCCGCGCGCCCACCAUCCGCCUCUCCUCCUCCGGCCGUCCCCCAGUCCUCGAGCUGUCCCCCGAGUGCCACUUCCACGGCUUCAUCUCGCACUGCUGGGGGACCGGCCAGGACCAGACGCACACCGUCGUGCGGCAGCUCCAGCUUCUUCUCCCCGGCGUCCGGAUCUGGCUCGACGUCGACAAUCUCGAGGACGUGGGCAGGCUCGAGGAGUCGGUCAGAGACGCGACGACCUUUCUCGUCUUCCUCAGCGCGGGCUACUUCAAGAGCUUCAACUGUCGCCGCGAGCUGUACGCUGCGCUAGGCUCGAACCGGCCCUUCAUCCCGAUCCAGGAGGCUGACGUCGACAAGGGCGGCGCCUCGAUCGAGGCGCUGAAGGCAGAGUGCCGCGAGCACUGCGUCGAGACCGCCCCGCCGGCCUACCCCUCCUACAGCGGGCCAGGCGAGAUGCUCGCGCGCGUGUUUGAGGCGACGCCGCCGAUCGUGUGGGUGCGGGUGAACGCCUUUCAGCUCGAGUCGCUCAAGGCGGUCGCGCUUCGCAUGCUGUUGCACUCUCCUUACUACGCGAGCCGCCCGGCCGAGCUCGCCGACGGCGUGAUGGUGCCCGGCCAGGCGGGCCCCGUUGCCUUCAGCGGCCCCGUCACCAUCCUCGCGUGCCGCGACAACGAGAGCGCCGUCGGCAUUGCAAGAGAGCUCAAGACGGCGGCGAGGGAGGGGCGCGGCUCUACCGCCAGCGCCGAGACGGUAACGAUCCGCGAUGCGGAGGAGGCGCUCGAGGGAGUCAACGCGGCCCCGCUCUCCGGGCACGUAGUUUUUCUGCUCUACCUGAACGAUAAGACCUUCCUGGACGCCGGCGGCGCCGUCGCGCGCCUCGUGCAAGCGGCGAUGGACCGACGCAUCGCCGUCGCAAUGGUCCACGAGCAGGACCCUACCUGCGGCGGCGUUCCGUUCCGCAACUUUUUCCAGCAGACGCCGCAGGUGCUGCUGCAGCAGCCGUACAAGCUUUUCGACACGGUGGCGGUGCCGCUCUACCCGGCUCCGGAGCACCGCACCGUGAGCCGCCGCCUCGCGCUGAGCAGCAUGGGAGCGGUGCCAUGCGAUGCGGGGCCGCUCCAGCGGCGGUGGCAGCUCCUCCGCCGCCGCAUAGCGGUGGCGCGCCUCGUGCGGCGGCGCCCCGCCGAGCUGCACCAGCAGCCUGUGGUGCAGCCGUAG